AUGCUUAAACUAAAAUUAUUAGGUUUUUUAAUUGCAAGUUUUUUGGUGUUUUGUGAAUCUGCAUUAGUGGAUACUUUAGUCAAAUGCAGCAUAAAAGAUGAUGAAUGUAUGAAAACCUUCUAUCAAUCAUUAAUUAAAAAACUCGGAGACAACGGAGCUCCUGAAAUUGGAAUAAAUAAAAUUGAGCCCAUGAAGUUAAAAGAUUCUACUGUCUCAAUACUAGGAGUUUUAAAUAUCACCUUGAUAGAAGGAGAAGUAGAGGGCAUAACAAGCUGUAAAAUUACUCAUCAUCGCGUAGAAGAUUCCCUCAAAAAGGUAUCACUACGAAUCUUAUGUGACCGCUUCGUAAUUCGGGGCCAUUACAUAAUGGAAGGAACUGGUGCGCUUUUUAAAGGAGCAGGCAUUGAAAAUGACAUUCAUGGUAAAGGAAAUGGAAAAAUUGUAAUCGAUAAAAUUGAAGUGCAUUUAGAAAUACCGUUACGCUUAGUGAAACAUGACGAUGGUGAUAUUUAUUUCAAACCACAAAUAGAAGAAGCGACCUAUGAUUUUAAUGUUUUGGGAAAAGCUACGUUUGAUGCUGAUAAUAUAAUGAUUGGUGAAAAAAAUGCUAGUGAAGACCUGCUGAAAUUUAUGAAUGAAAAUUGGAAAUUGCUAUUGCAGACAUUCGGAAAAACCUUUUUUGAUAAAGCUAUUGAUUUUGUGCAUAUUUUUACGAAUAAGUUUUUUGAAAAUAUUCCCGUUAAAAAAUUCAUAUUAGAAGACUUGUCAUCUUAUGUAAAUUAA